AUGACGCCUUACAAUCUCGAAAAAGAUAAAGUUAGCCAUAGCUCCCCCACUUGUAAUAUCCAAGACAAGAAGAACAGCAUACCUCCAAGGGAAAAAGAGGUUAAUUUCCUCAGGAUGUUGAAUAUUAAGCUCCUAUAUUUUUCAAUUCUUCUAUUACUCAUGGUUGCUAUCACACUCGUUUCAGCUUCUAUCAAUACUGCCACCAGACCUCUUCGGUUUAGAAAUGUAUCCUUUGAUGAUAUCCAACGACCUCGGAAUGCGGCUAACGCUGCCGAAUCUUCUAUACUCCAAAAUGUUGUGCAGAGGUACAUGAGGGGAAUUUAUCAAAAUGAAAUAGCGCAAGAUGAUCAGAUUGAUCAGGAUACGAGCGGUCUCCCCCGUUCAAACUCCAGGCUUGAACACAACAUAGCUGAAUUGGUAAAGAGGUUACCAGCGAAUGCAAACAGCACUACUAAUAACGAUCCAAUUAUGCCUUUGAAUACUCAAGGACCAACCUCUGUCCCAACUAUGUCCUCUUCCGAAAGCAUGAACUUGUCUCCAUCAACUUCCACAUACUCACCUACAUCUGAAGUCAUGAGUCAAAUGCCGCAACAGUCCUCUGACGCACCCCAUCUAGGGGUAAAUACGAGUGGAUCCGCGGAACUAACGAGCAUCAGUCCAACAUCUAAACUACCACAAGCUGCCACUACCAACAACAGAUCCAUUAGUGAAUCUACAAGUGAAGGCCUAUCUGCAACAAGCACCAAAUCGGUAAACACACCAUCAUCAGUCAAACACCCUAUAACCAGACAAACUAUCUAUACGACUACACUUCCUGAUGGUGUUGUAUCCACGCUAACCAGCACUACUGUUGUUCCAGCUGAGUCAGAUCCAUCGGAAAACACCAAUGCUUCUAAAACUAGACCUGCCCCCGGUCUUCAGACUAAUGUAGCACAUUCAUUAAAGAAUGUGAAAUUAAGAGGCACGUUUGGGAUGAUGAUCUUAUUAGUAUGUGCUUUUUAA